AAUACGUUAGAAGCAUCACGCUGUUUUUUUUUUUUUAUGUACUCUCUAAAAACCUGUACGAUUCUUAGACAGUCACACUGUGGGAACAUCUGCUCUCUCCCAUUAUCGCCACGUGUUGAAGUUAUGUCAUCCAGUGCAUUAGGGGAGAAAUUGCAUCACAGUUUGUGGUUUAAUAUACGGCGCUGACUAGUGAGAAGGUAGUAGGGACCAAGAACAGGCACAACUGCAUCUCCUUCCCAAAUAGGUCCGUGGUUCCCCUGCCAGGAUGAAGAUUUUGUGCAGCUAUUUAUUUUUUGCAAUAUGUUGCUGGCAAGCGCCGGCCGAGAGAGCCUUCUUCUUCCAGCCCAACAACGAACUCGUGACGACCUCCCUGGCGCUGCUGAAGGUGGACAGGGGCUCCGAAGUGAUGGGCGAGCUGACGAUGUGCACGUGGCUCCAGGUUCAUCACUUCAGGGAGAAGACCUACGUGUUCUCCUACGCGACCUCGGAUCGAGACAACAACGAACUGAAUAUGGGGAUAAGACCUAACUGCGUAUUUCUGGCCGUGGGUGGGAAGUACCUCUUCAGCUGGAUGAACCACACCUUCGUACCUGACGUGUGGUACCAUUUCUGCUUCGUUGUAGUUGGCACGUCAUGGGCUGCUUACGUCAAUGGCAAACCCGACCAGAAGGGAAGUUUGGAAGAGAGAAGAAUUUUUCUCAAUGGAUCGCUUGUCCUUGGCCAGGAGACAGAUCUACUCGAAGGAGGUUACCAAGAACAGCAGAGCUUCUCGGGUUUCAUCACUGGGUUCAACCUCUUCAGAAGGGCCCUGGAACCCAACGAAGUGACGUCUUUAGCAACAUGUGCUGUAGGCGCUGACGAAGGUGACCUGGUGGGCUGGAGUUCCGCUCAGUGGAUGCUCAGGGGACCUGUGGAAGAAGUGGAUGUGUCCAGGGUGGAUUAUUGUACGAAAAGAACUCGCAUAAACGUAUUCCCCGAGAGACGAAGCCAGUCUGACGCCAUCCACUGGUGUGAGAAAUUAAAGGGCAAGAUGGCUCUGCCGAAGGACGCCGAGGAGAACGCCCGCCUGUAUCACAUCAGCGAACCUUUUGCGGGAGUGUGUCAGCCGCCCAACCACGCCAAGGGCUUCCUGUGGAUCGCAGCGACUGACGAAGGGGAAGAAGGGCACUGGACGGAUUUUGCGGGCCAACCGCUCAACUACACGAACUUCAAAGACACCUACAAAUCUGGGACUCUCGAUUGUGCUUGCAUGCUUGUCCCUCCUUACGUCGAGGAGUGGGACGACGUCAAGUGUGGUUCGCUCUACAAAUUCUGCGUUGCUUGCGAGGAGGACCAGGAGGCUCCUUUAGUGCUGAGGAUGAGGGGGCUCUGUGAGCAGGACGAGAAGGCGGCCUGGUUCACCCUGCAGCAGCGGCGGGGCGAUAAGGUUCUCCUGAAAGGCUUCACAAAGUACCUGAUCUACUUGGAAGAAGAGAGUAACAAGUGGCAUUUAUAUAACAUGUGGAUAAACAGAACAGUAGCCACUCAUAAUGCCCAGCCCGGAGUCUACCCUUUGGGCGUAAGAGAGUGGGUACUAAACACCAGUUAUGAAGUGUGUGACAGACCAGAAGGAUCUCUCAAAACUCUGGGACUGUCCGCUUGCUACGACUGGGAAUACAGCUGCAAAGACGGCACCUGCAUCGACCUGGAACAGCGGUGCGACCUGAGAGUGGACUGCCCCGAUAAGAGUGAUGAGAUCGGCUGCGAUAAACUACUGUUACCCGAGGACUACCUCUCUCAGCUGACGCCUCCGGGAGGGGAUGUUGGGGGGCCGCUGGGGGUCAACUUGUCCAUCAGUCUGCAUGCCUUUUCGGAGAUCAACGUCCAAGAUAUGAAGUUGACGGUAGACUUCACCUUAUUUCUAUCAUGGUACGACAUCCGGCUUCAAUACCAGAACCUCAAAGAGCUGGCUGACAUCAACUAUAUCAAGCCAUCUGCAGUCUGGAGUCCAACGAUAGAGCUAACCAACGCUGACUUCCCGAGGGUUCACAAGACGACCCAAGUGCUGACAGUGUCCAGGAACUCAGAACCGAAGGAGGACGACCCGAGGAAAGUUUGUCAUGAUAAGGUAUACGAAGGUAUGAAAAACCCUUUGCAACUGAGUCAUAAGAUGAACGCCCCCUUCGUAUGCAACAUGGACCUCAGGAUGUUCCCCUUCGACACUCAACAUUGCAAGUUGCUCCUCACCCUCACCUCCGCCAGGAUAGACUUCUUAGACUGGAGACGCCUCGAAGUCACUUAUUUAGGCGAGACCUUCCUGACGGAGUACGAAGUCGACACCAUCAGCAUCCAGAGGUCUUCCUUCCGAAACUACAGCGUGGCGGAAGUCGGGGUCACCCUCCACCGCCGCUUCUGGUCCUACGUCACUUCCGCCUACCUCCCCACCGUCAUGCUUAUGCUAAUUAGCUACGCCUCCCUCUUCUGCAAGCGAGAGAACGUCGACCUGCGUGUUAUGAUGGCCCUGACGACGCUGCUGGUGCUCUACGCCCUCUACCAGCAGAUCUCCGACGACCUCCCGAAGACGGCCUAUACCAAAGCUAUCGAUAUCUGGUGCUUCUUCGCCAUCACGAUGAUGUUUACACAGGUUAUCUACCACAUCUUCCUGGACCUGGACAUAAGGAUGUGCACAAGCCUAAGACGCAACCAGGAGGCGGACCUGGCGACGAAGGACCUGUGGAAAGGCGACGAACCUUUAGCACGCAUAGACUGGGCCUUCCGGGUGCUCUAUGUUGUGGUCAAGUUCACCUUCUUCCUCGCCUACGGGUGUGUGAUCGUGGUGAAUGUGGAAUCGCGGGGUCGACAGGGGAGGUAAAGAGGACGAGACAGAAUGGAGAGAUCUGGAUGAUUUACAUGUAAACACAGGGCUUUGUCGAUGCGCUGGGUAUAUAAUACAGUACAACCGCAUCCUCCGUUGAAAGUUGGAGGUGUUAGAAACCUUUGGAGAAGCGUAGGUUAUAGGAUACUGUAGUUUGGAUUUAUUAAGUACUUUGGAUGUCGGAGGGAGGUCUAUAAUAAGCUAGGUCUCUCUCUCUUUAUCACCCUCUACCUCCCCCUCUCCAACAUGUUCAUAACCUGUUUCAGUUACAUACAAUAAUGAGUAAUAGUUACCUUGGCUUAAAAAAAAACAGUGUGUACUUGUGAUACUGUAUUUUGUACAAGAGAAAUGUGUGAAAAGGAUAUGAAGUCAGAUCUUCAAGAAUAAUUUUAAAACUUAUUCACAAUAUGCCAAAGAAAAUGUUAUCAGGAAAAACCCUUUACAGAAAGUUAAAACUAAAAGUGAAGGAGCAUUCCCAGUGUUAAAAGGAAGGGUAUUUUCGAGUUUGAGACCAAAAGAACGGACACACGUAAAGUAGAAAUACAAGUGAUGGACAGUCCCCUAUUCAGCCACAUGGAUGACUUCUGAUGAUGAUGACUGAGGCUGUUCCCCAGUACGGAAUGAAACUUCUACUCCACACCGAGCUGACAGAUAUCAUGACAAAUUGUUUUGUUAAAUGGAGACAGUGGGAUCUUAAGAUUAGGAACAGGAUUUCUUAUACUUUAAAUGUGUGGUCGAACGCUUUAUUCGGUCUCAACUUCGUAUAGUAUCAAUCAUAAUUUCGAAAAAGAACUAAAUCAACUCUGGUGCAGACUUGCAUUUACAGAUGAAAUGCCGAUAUGCUGAAAACAUAGAAUAUUGCAGUAAUAAGCUUGCACUGUGACUCAUGAGCAAACAUGCAACACUUUUCUUCGCAGCUGUAGAAGGCGUAACAUUCAAUUGUCACCGAUACACUGAUGCCCAGGAAAAUUUAAAGAAGAUUCGGAAACAACCUGCUGUUUCCCUUGUAAAGUGUGUCAGUCCUGUUCCACCCACACAUUGGCGCAGUACUUGAUGAUAAUGAAUGUUUGCUUCUAUACUGCAAUGAUUCCCAAAUUGCUACAAGAAAGGGAUGUCUCUCAUUUCAAGAGCACUACAUUUACAAAUGUUAAUGGAAUCUGUGCAGCUUAAAAGUGGAGAAGGUGUGGAAAAAAUGAACACGAAACAAAUAAUGAAAGCAGACAGUGAUAAAACAAAAAAACAUUUGUUAGAUCUGAAAAUAGUGUGGCAACUUACCUUGACUUAAGGUGCAAAGUGGUUGUUUGUUGUUUUUUCUUAUAUACCACUCAGCAGAUAAAAACAACAGCUAUUCGCUUUUAUCACGAGUUAAGCUUAGGUAUUAGCAAGAAUGAUGAACCAAGAAAAAAUGUAAUAAAUCAAAGAAUAGUUUUUUAUGGUGCAAGUAUCUCUCCAAGCGACUCGUCUUCCAGAUACUGACACCCCCCCCCCCCAAAAAAAAAAAAAAAAAAAAAAAAAAGAGCACUGGGCAUAAAACAGUCAUUUCCCAAGAGUUAAAAAUGAGAAAAGUGGAAGAUCCCUUGAUCCCUUCUAAUGCUGAGACAAAGAACACCAAUUUUAAAGGAUUAGGGAAAUUGCUAAAAAAUAUCUCGGUUAUUUGGGGGCGGUGUCCUUCUUUAUAAUGAAAAAAGUGUAAUUGAUUCCUUGGAAAAAAAGGGAAAAAGAUCAGAAGAAAAUGUACCACUAUUUUUUUACUGCUAAAUAUUGUUAAAGACCAUUAGCUAUUUAGAAAUCAGCAAAUAAUGUUUCCUGCAUUCCUUAGGUGGUAAGUGAGAGGAAUAACCACACACACACACAAACACACAGACACA